UGGAGAUGGCUGACAGUUUUGUACAUGUUCACGUAGGGUACAUGUGUUCGGUGUUCGAUUAUAAAUUUGUUAAAACAUAUACACAGUGUCAUUGUUAUAUUUAAUUUUUGAACAAUAUGGAAUGCAAUUUGUGUGGUGCACACUGGAAAAAGAAGAGUAAAGUUUCUUUUCAUACACUUCCAAAAAAUCCUGUUAUUCGAAAAGAAUGGCUUAAAGUAUGCAAUGUACAUAAAACAAAAAACCAUAGACAUUCAUCAAUUAGAGUAUGUUCUACACACUUUGAUGCAAGCUCCUUUUCUUGUGUUCCAACAAAAGAUAGUUAUUAUCGUGCAUCUCUCAAACCUGAUGCUGUACCAAAAUUGGGAAUAUUUAAAGAAAAAAUUGCAGUUCGAUUAGGUAAUGAGAAUAUUGAGACAUUUUGUUAUUUGGAUAAAGUUUACAAAGAAGAAUAUAUUGACGAUCUUGAUGAGAUGAAUAAUAAAAAUAACAUAAUUGAGAUUGAUGAACAAAGUAAACUGAAUGACAGAACAAAUGGAUUCACAAGAGGAUUAGAAGCGGACAAAAUCCUUGGUUCAGCUGAUGACAAUGGAGAGCUAAUGUAUUUGAUGCAAUGGAAAGGAGUGGAUGUGGUAGACAUGGUAUCUGCCAAGGAAGCCAAUGUAAACUGUCCUCAAAUUGUCAUCCGGUUUUACGAAGACAGAUUAGCUUGGCACAAAGCAAAAUUGUAUAUAAAAUAACUUUCUUGCGCUUCCUUGAGAAAAUAAGAUGGUAUCUACAUAUGUAAAUAUUUCUAAAUUAAUUUUUAUUAUAAAUCCUUAAUAAAUAUUCUUUAUGAAAUAGAGGCUAUAUAAAUAAAGUUCCUUGUAUUUUUUGUAA